GAUCUAAGUACUCACUCAAAACUGAGACUUUUUUAGAAACCCUAUCACUCUAUCUUAUAUUCUUAUGUGCCUAUAAUAAAGUAAUGCAGGUUUAUUCAGUCUGUAGGCCUGAAACCCUUUUGGGAUUCUUGCUGAUUUUAGUUUUUUCAGGGAAUUUUUGUUAUGGUUAUGACAAGGUUGUGGAGGUAGUUGGGAUUGGAGAAUGUGCUGAUUGUAAGGACAUUAAUAUCAAGAGCACCCAUGCUUUAUCAGGGCUUAAAGUAACGGUUGACUGCAAGCUUGAGAACGGGAAGCUCAAAACAAAAGGCGUGGGAGAGCUCGAUGGUGAAGGGAACUUCAAGAUCUCUCUUCCUCAAGAGAUCUUAAAAGAUGGGAAGUUGACAGAAGAAUGUUAUGCGCAACUUCACAAUGCAGCAAAUAAACCAUGUGCAGUUCAUGAUGGUUUAGAAGCCACCAAGAUCACUUUCCUGUCAAAAUCCGACCAAAAACACACCUUCCAACCUGUCGGAAAACUUAAAUUCUCAUCAGCUGUGUGCACUUCUAAAUUCUUCUGGCCUUAUUUUAAGUAUCCUCCUCUACCAACACUGCCACCUUUGCCCAAAACGCACCCAUGGUUUGGCCACCAUUUUCCUCUUCCUCAAUUUCCACCAAAGGUUUAUCCAUCAUUCCCAUUUCCACCAAACACACCAUCACCUACUCCUGUUUAUGACCCACCAGUUGUUGAGACUCCCCCUGUUCCAGUAUACAAUCCUCCUCCGGUUGUUGAGACUCCCCCUGUUCCAGUAUACAAUCCUCCUCCGGUUGUUGAGACUCCCCCUGUUCCAGUAUACAAUCCUCCUCCGGUUGUUGAGACUCCCCCUGUUCCAGUAUACAAUCCUCCUCCGGUUGUUGAGACUCCCCCUGUUCCAGUAUACAAUCCUCCUCCGGUUGUUGAGACUCCCCCUGUUCCAGUAUACAAUCCUCCUCCGGUUGUUGAACCACCACCAGUUUACAAUCCUCCUCCGGUUUACAAUCCUCCUCCUGUUUACACACCAACACCAAAGCCAGAACCACCAGUAGUCAAGCCUCCUUGUGACCCAAAACCAAAGCCACAGCCACCUGUCUACAAACCUGCUCCCAUUCCGGUUUAUAAGCCAAAGCCAAAGCCGCCAGUCUACAAGCCUGCUCCCGUCCCAGUUUACAAGCCAAAGCCAAAUCCAGAGCCUCCAGUCUACAAGCCUGCUCCCAUUCCGGUUUAUAAGCCAAAGCCAAAGCCACCAGUCUACAAGCCUUCUCCCAUCCCAGUUUACAAACCAAAGCCAAAUCCAGAGCCUCCGGUUUACAAGCCUGCUCCCAUUCCAGUUUAUAAGCCAAAACCAAAACCGCCUGUUUAUAAGCCUGCUCCCGUUCCAGUUUACAAACCAAAGCCAAAGCCACCCGUUUACAAGCCUGCUCCAGUUCCGGUUUACAAGCCAAAGCCAAAGCCGCCAGUCUACAAACCGGCUCCGGUUCCAGUUUACAAGCCAAAACCAGAGCCACCGGUUUACAAGCCAGCUCCGGUUCCGGUUCCAGUUUACAAACCAAAGCCAAAGCCGCCAGUCUACAAACCUUCCCCUGUUCCAGUUUAUAAGCCAAAGCCUGAGCCACCGGUCUACAAACCUGCCCCUGUUCCAGUUUACAAGCCAAAGCCAGAGCCACCGGUUGUCAAGCCUCCUUGUGACCCAAAACCAAAACCAGAGCCACCUGUCUACAAGCCUGCUCCCGUUCCUAUUUACAAACCUAAGCCAGAGCCGCCAGUCUACAAGCCUUCUCCAGUUCCAGUUUACAAACCGGAGCCAAAACCGCCUGUUUAUAAUCCUUCUCCUGUUCCAGAUUACAAUCCAACACCAAAAUCACCAUUGCCUCCGGUAAUAGACCCACCUUCACCAAAGAAACCUUGCCCACCAUUUUCUCUCCCAAAGCUUCCUCCUUUGCCCACCAUUCCUCCAAAGUAUUUCCAUCAUCACCCCAUCCUAGGAAAUCAUCAUCAUUUGCCCACCAUUCCUCCAAAAUAUUUUCAUCAUCCCAUUCCUUCCCUACCUCCUAAGUACUCUCAUCCUUAAUUAAGACUUUGCAUGCUAUCAACAAACAAAUAAAGACUUCAUGAUUGGAAACAAUUUGAGAAGAUUAUGCAUAGAGAUUGAUAGAUCCGGCAAAGCGAUUAGGAUUUCGUUUGUGCAUGAAUGUGUAUCAUGUGAAGAUAUUCAAUGGGUUUUGUAAAGUUUCAAGUUUGCAUUUAUAUUGUAUCGAUUGAAUCAAUAAUUGUACUUUUUAACUAAAAGAAGUUAUUAUUUAAAGUUGUGUCUA